AUUCCAUGUGGAAUGUCAGCGAGGGCAAGUCCAACUGCAAACUCACCUGCUUAAGUGUGUACCACUCAUAAAUGGCCUCUUCUUUGCCUUUGGUGCUGGGGAAAGGCUGAUCUGGCAUCACCAGAACUUUCCAGGGAAACUUAACUGUCACUAGUCUACCCCACUGAAUUGAGAGGUUAGUUGUGAUUGCUGAACCGAGAGGAACAAGGAUAUAUCACCAGGCAUAUACUAUUUCACAGCUGUACCAUCUCAUUACAACCUGACCAGGAAACUACGGUGACGUCAAAUCGGUGAUUAUUAGAACCAUGCUUUAAAAUUUCUGGGAUCCCAAAUUGUCUGGCUAGCAGGUACUGAAGAGGGUAAUCUGAGUGGUCAGGCCUGGAGAAAAUCUUCCAUGAAAUUGCUGAAGAAAUGGCUCUUCCAAAGCUAAGUGAUGAGAUAUCUCUGCAGAUGAAGACAGCUGGGAAAGAACAGUUGACUGAGAAAAACAAUGGCUUUCUCCAAAAUAUGGACAUGGCUGAAGGUGCAAUGCAGAAUUUACUAAGGGAAUUUACCAAAAUGGACCACAUCUUGGAUAGAUCAGAUGAUGGAGACAGCAUUUUCUCCAAAAAGCCUCAAACUGACUUCCUUCGUGAGACAGAGACUACAAAAUGGAAUACAUUGGAGCUGGAGGCUGAGCAUCGUCAGGAUGAUGAACAGAAUGAACAGAAUGAGCAAGAAACAAAUCAGGUUCAACAUGAGGAUCCUCACGUAUCCACAUCUUUGCAGUUUUCAGAGGGGAACAUCCCUGAAGUGAGUCAGGAGAACAUGUUCUUCCAGCUAAACCACUGGAAUACACGGAUGGGACUACAAGUGAAAGAACUUAGAGCUGAUCACACAGACUGGAUAGAGAAAAUUAAUAAUAUUGUACAAAAAAUAAACCUAACAGAGAACACAGUGAAGAGCUUACUAACUGAGGUGAUGUCCUUGGAGGGCCAAAUUGAAAAGCUGGGGUCACACCAGGACCUUGACGCUGAUCAGGGGGCAAACAUUGAGGAGAAGAUUAUGGAAGUUAAAAAGCAAUUAGAAGAAAUGGAUAACAAAUGUGUUCAGGAAGAUGUUUGUAAUGAAGCUCAUGAAUUAAAGGAGAAACUCAUUGCAAGAAUAAAGAACUUUUGCAAAGACAUGACUCUGCUGAACACAAAGCUGGGGAUGUACCAAAAGCAAGAAGAGAAACUAGACUCUCAGAGUCCUGAAGAAAUGGGUAUGGAAGGAAGUGAGCCCCUGCUUCCUCAGGUGGCACCAGCCCCAUUAGUGCAGAACACUGCUCCUGGCAUUACAAUGUGGAAGCGUGCACUGAGGAUUUUCAUCAUAUUUUAUGUCCUCACCUUCACUGGACUUUCAUGUUACAUACUAGUUUUCGAUGCUACAUUUAUCUUUGAAAGCUUACUCCCUGCAAUGCUCGGUCGCCGCAGAAUGUGGGAACUACGGGAGAUCAUUGAGCCUUUCUUGAACUUGGAGGUGGAAGACUUGUUACCCUCCUAAAGAUAUAGAAGUUACUGCUGCUCUACUGACUUUCUCCUUAAUAAAAUUCUGGCUGUUCUUGUA